UAAACGUCAUUAGUUUUUGAUUGGAUUUGGGGGAUUAUAUUUUCUGGUGUUCUUUUUAUUAAAUCAGAAUAUAUAUAUAAAUAUUUUUCCAAAAUCGUUUGCAGACAAUCAUACCUAUGGCAGAUCUAGAUGAUUUUUUCGCAAAAAAAGACCGUAAGAAGUCAAAAACUUCGAAGAAAUUUGCAACAACCGAUGAAGUAGCCAAAAAAUUGGAAGAUACUGUUAAAAAAAGCGAAAAACAGAAAAAGGAACGUGUGGCUGAAAAUGACGAAAAUAGUUUAGAAGUUCAUGAACAAGAUGAAUGGAAGGACUUCGAAGAAGAAAAGAAGGAUUACUCGGGAUUAAAGAUAGGCAAUUUAUCUCUUGGCAUUGCCCAGGAAAGUAGUUCUAAUGUUACAGAAAUCGGAACUGGUGAACAACAAGAAGGUACAGAACAAAAUCAAGAGCCAGAUAGAAAAGCUGGACCAUGGAAAAGGAUUGAACCACAAGAGGAAGUUCCUCGUCCCGUGCCGCUGCCUGAGAAGAAAAUUGAGGGUCCCCCACAGAAAUCUGGUGCUUAUGUAGCUCCCUCUUUGCGGAAUGCAGGAUCGCAACAAGCUUCUUCUCAACUAGUUCCUAUCAGGUUAAGGGGCAUCAAAGGUGCAGCCCCUGAUAUUCAUAAUGAGGAGUUCUUCCCUACAUUGAGUAAAAGUGGGGAUGGCAAAAAGAAUCGAAAUGAAGGUUCAUUUGAAACAGUCCAACAUAACCGUGCAAGUUCGUACAGGCAACAAUUGGAACAAUCAAAGGGUGGACCCAAAUUGAACCUUGGCAAUCGUUUUAAUACCCUAAGUAAUGAUAGCUAGUGAAUAAAAAGUAAUCCUUAGGGACACAAGAUUAUCAACAAACUUGUUGCAUCUUCCAGCAAAUACCCAUAACUUAAAUUUUACUUUUAUUUUCUUUCUCUUCAAUGUUUUAAACUCAAAUUAGAAAUAACUUCUCGCUUGAUAAAUUCAUUAAUACUUAUGGAUUGCAUAUUGUGACUUUCCAUUUGCUGGAAAACCUACUUUUUUCAAUUUUGGUAUUCCCAAAACAAAACAUUAAAGGCAUGCGGUAAAUUUUAUUGUUUGUCACAUAUUGGGUAUUUAGACUAAAAAAGUUGUAAUUUAUUUGAAAUGUUUAGUGACAACUGACUUUUUAAAAAUAUAAAUUGCUGAUUGUACUUGACUUAAAUUCAUUAGAUUUGUAUAAAUCAGUUUUGUACAUAUUUAUUUGCUUGAAUACAAUUUUUUCCAUCUUUUCAUCAAAUUUUAUCAAUUAUUUACUAAUUUUGUUUUAUUUUUAUUCUGGUAAAAAGUAAUAUUUCAUUUUUUAAAAUAAUAA